AUGCACAUUUUAUUAGAAACAUCAGCAGGUUUUGCUCUCUUCUAAGUAAAUAACGAAAAAAAGCUUAAAAAAGUAGACGAUCUAUAUUCAUAUUUUGUAAAUGAAGAUUAAGCAAAAAAACUUGUAAAUCUUGUCGCUUUCUAAAAAUUCAAAGACACAACAGAUGCAAUUAAAUCUACAUCCAAACUAAUAAAAGGAAAAGUUCCUAAAAAAUUAAAGAAGUUUUUACAAACAAAUUUAAUUUCUUAAGAAAUCUAAGACAGAUUGGCAAUAAGUGAUAAAAAGUUAGGAAAAUCAAUAACAGAAAAGCUCGGAAUCGAAUGUACAAACUACAACAUGGAUUUAUUCAAAGGUCUUCGUUUACAACUAUGUAACAUGGUAGCUGGUUUAACUGAAAAAGAACUCCAAACAAUGAAUUUAGGUUUAUCCCAUGGUCUUUCCAGAUAUAAAUUGAAAUUUUCUGCUGAAAAAGUAGACACAAUGAUCAUCCAAGCUAUUUCUCUAUUAGAUGAUUUAGAAAAAGAAGUCAAUAAUUACAUGAUGAGAUUAAGAGAAUGGUACGGCUGGCAUUUUCCUGAAAUGGGAAAAAUUGUAACUGAUUCUCUUGUAUAUACUAAAGUCGUUUUAGCCGUAGGAAUGAGAACUAAAGCUCAUUCUUCGGAUUUAAGUGGCAUUCUUCCUGAAGAUAUCGAAAAAGAAGUUAAAUAGGCUGCUGAAAUUUCCAUGGGUACUGAAAUAAGUGAAGAAGAUGAGAAGUUUAUCCUCGAAUUAGGUAGUUAAAUUGUCGAUUUAUCUGAAUAUAAGGAAGAAUUACAAAAUUAUCUCAAAAACAGAAUGUAGACUAUCGCUCCAAACUUAUCAGCUAUGCUUGGAGAAUUAGUGGGUGCAAGAUUGAUUUCUCAUGCAGGUUCAUUAAUAAAUUUAGCUAAAUAUCCCGCGUCUACUGUCUAAAUUUUGGGAGCUGAAAAAGCACUGUUUAAAGCUAUCAAAACUAAGAUGAAUACUCCUAAAUAUGGACUCAUUUAUUAAGCUAGUAUUGUCGGAUAGGCUUAAAACAAACUUAAAGGAAAAAUCUCGAGAACUUUGGCGGCUAAAACUGCUCUUUGUAUUAGAUGCGAUGCCUUAGGAGAAGAUGAUGAGGCCUAAAUUGGGGCUGAAUCGAGAUAGUAUGUAGAAAAAAGACUACAGUUUUUGUAAUAGAAUGAAUAAGGAGGAUUUGUAGCUAAACCUUAAAAGAAAGGAGCUAGUGCAAUUGAAUCAAAAAGUACUGGAGGAUAUAAUAAUGCAGCUGAUUAUACAAAUAAGUUUAGAAAAAGUAACGAAACUCUUGGAUAAAAUUAAGAAGAACCAUAGAAAGUUAAAAAAUUUAAAAAGGAUUGA